UGAAGAAGUAAACAAGUCCAAACAAGUUCGGAUUUGUUGGUGCAUUCCAUUCUUUUAAAUUUUAUGCAUUAAUUAUUCCUCCUAAUAAUCAUUAUUCUCAGAUCUUUGAACUCUGUUUUCAGUGUUUCACGGUUGUUGAAGCUUUUCCGGAUGAAAUAUUCUGUGGUUUCGAUACUUAGGUAACUUCCUGACCCAAGAGAUUUGUUCUAUUUUUGUGUGACAAUGAAUGCUCCUCAAGUUCAACUCACUGCUUGUUUCUAUUUUAGAAUUCUAGGUCCGUAUGCGAGAAGUGAUUUGUUCCCAAUAUAAUGACUGAAUCAGUUUAAAGUUUUUACCUGCUCAUUUGUAUUGAAUUCUUUUAUGGAAUGCCAUUGACAUGAUGGGAGAAAGUGUGUUAUCAUUCGGGACACCCGCAACGGUCAAACGCUUUGUUUCACCGCAGAACCAGAACUCCAAAUUCUUCCUCACCCCCUGUUUAAAUGGUCUCUACUGUACGGUGCGGAAGUGGUAAAGCAUCACUGAAGUGGUUAGAUAGGUCAUGGGCUCCUACACCAAGCGGCAUUUCUUCCUCUCAGUAUGUGUACUACAAAUGAUAACCGUGGCUGUUCGUCAAGUUUUUGACUUUCUUGGUUUUAUGUGGGGUCCUGUUUUAGCUAAUUUUUUCCAAAUCUUGUUCAUAAUUUUUGGAUUUUUUGGUGCUUGCCAGUUCCGAGUGAAGUAUCUUGCUUCGUAUACUAUUUGGAGUGUAUUCUGGUUUAGCUGGAACAUAUUUGUUGUGUGUUUCUAUUUGAAUAUUGGUGGCUUAAAUAGAAACCAGAAUAUCCUCAAUUUGGGAACUGGUAGCGUCAGCUGGUGGGAAUCCAAUGGACCAGGAUGCAAACCUCUAUUUCAUGCUAAUCUGACAACCGUUGAUGACCCUCUCAUUCCUAUAAGACCAGACUCAGUCGUUGGUUGCGUACUAGAUUACCAAUAUGUUGAAGCUCUCCAAGCAUCAAUUCAAAAUUUUCUGGCGAUGAUCGGCAUUUUAAUAAGCGUUUCGCUGUUGCGGGUUAUGCUGGAUGACGAUGACAGCUCACACAUUAGUAAGAACAAGAAAGCAAAUGGGCCACCUCCCCUCUAUUCAAUUGAAUAUAGUAGACGUCAAGAUACCACAGAUGAAUACAGUGGAGAUAGUCCCACAGAAGAUGGAGAAGGUGAUAAUAGAGCGGAUAAUCAUGGUAGCAGGCCCAUGACUCCCCGUAGAGUGAAAAGGAGGAGUGUGCAUUCCCGAGGCUCAAUGCCAUAUCACUCGGGUACGUUGCCACGACCUCCCCAUCUGCGUAGGCAACAUGAUAGAACUAGGUCCUCUCGCCGACAUCGCCCUCACCAUCAAAAUCCAGUCACGCGACUGAUAGACCAUCACCAACAGUUGAAUCAUGUUUUGAAUGAUUCCUCAACUUCUAAUGAAUCUGGAAGACAGUUGAUGAACAAUCCAGGUUUCGAUCCUCGUUACACAUCAUCUCAGUCAGAGCUGCUGCUGUCAUCAGAGAGGUUAGAUGUUGCGUCCAGAGGUCACACUAACCCAAUUUAUCCUGUAGAAAGGCCUCCAUCGGCCCGCUCAAGUUAUUCUAACUAUCAUGGCACACGUCCGUUCUCCUAUUCUGGUCAAGCAACUGGCCAAGUCCCAGUCGCAAACUCAUAUCGAAGGUCCUAUAUGCAAGGUAUGCAAGGAGGUCCUCCAGCAUAUCACUUACAUGGUGCUGUUGAUUCAGAGACUGUCAUAUAGCAAUCAUAGAGAAGCUUCGUGCCCAUAAGUUUAAUUUCUUGUGAUCUUUUUUGUGUAAACAUGAUAAUUAAAUUCACUGCCCUUUGCAGCCCUUUCUAAGAAGUAUGACAGAUAGUGUUACCAGCUGUCAUUAAUUUAAAUAUUAAAAUUGGCAUCAGGGUUUUUUUAAAUUUUGAUCACGUCAUCCCUGCAGGAAAUUCAGGAAAUUGUAAAAGUGCCAUCUUUCAUUUAUUUAUUUAGUUUUAGAAAUCAGUAUGCUUUGAUUUCACCAUGAUGCACUGAAUUUUUGUACUGCUGCUCAAAAAAUUAAUUUGAUGCAACGAAAUCAUGAUCAUGUUGCAUCCAUUUUUGAAAUCCUUAAAAAUAUUCUUCUUUGAAAGGGUUCCAAAUCUCUCUUCUAUGACUUCUACCAUUCCAAAAGCUUAGAUGCCAGGUUGUGAAUUUUUGUAGUAGAAUUAUUGACUCUGCAUUGUCGUAUUUUUGUUCUUUCAUGUUAUUCAUUCAUUUAAUUUUGCCCCUUCCCCUCAAUUUAGUGGAUUGUUAAGAGGUACUUAAUGUCUGGUUACUAAUGAGAAACUGGUUUUUUGAGUUUCUAAUCUGUGCUUCUCUUAGUUAAGUCUCCUUUUAAAUUCUAUCCACAAUAUUCUACAAUUUUUUGACUUCUGUCUUCAAAAUGGUUUCUUUGUUUUUUCCUUUCCUUCUGUUUUGUCCCAGAAUAAUCAAUUUUAUCUGAUGUCUUUGAGUGUUAUAAUAAUAUCUCUUCUCCGUGUACAAACUGGAGGCUGUAAUUGUUGACUGUUGGCGAUCUUUGAAGAUAACCAAUCUGUUUGGGAUGCAUCAUAGAUCAGACCUUGAAAUUUCCAAGGAAUUUUGUGCAUAAUUGCCCGAGAAAUUAAAUAAUUGGUGUCGGUUUGAGAGCCCCUGUUUGUGCGUGGAGAAGAGCCUUGUGGCUUUUCGGAGAUGUUUCAUUUUGCCAACUUAAUUUUUUUUUCAUUCAGAAGACAAACAGAGAACGUGCAAAAAAUUUUACAGGAAAAUUUUUAUUGAACAACAAUUAUGAGACAAACAGUUUUGCAUGAAAGGCGUGAAUUUUAAGACUUAAUUGAAUGUUUUUAUUGGGAUGCUUUGAUUUUUACAAAAUCAUCUUCGUGUUUUCUAUUUUAUUGCUCCCAUGCAUAUUAAUUCUGUCUACUUGUUCUUUAACUAAUUUUCUCUUUCAUGAAAAUGUUAUGAAUGUAUUAUAAGAGCAUUCUUUUUACUACGUACUAUUCAGUUUUAUUCUGAGAAUCAAAUUUUAGUGUUACUUUUUAAGUAUUCAUUUCAAAAAGACCCACAAGUGAUCUUGUAGAAAAAUUUAUAAGUCUCUACUUCUCUGUGGACAAACAAGUAACGUCUGCGACUAUUUAUUCUUGGGUUAUUAUUUUGUAAUUAUUGUAUGUUUGUAUGUACAUAUAUAAUUCUGUGAAAAGUUUUCUUGCCAGAGUUCUGAAAUGCUUUGGCUGUGCAAUUUUUUUGGCAAUCUAUGAACAUCUGUGCAAUCAUUUAUUUUAAUGCAGUUUACUGUUUUCCACACGCUUGUGUAUAUUCUUUUAGGAUUUUCAAUAAUUAAUGAAUUCAAUGUUAAUAGUACAGCCAAACCUCAUUUUUGCGGCAAUUUGUGGUGCACUAAGAACAUUGAAAAAAACCAGUAAAAACUUAUCUUAGGAUAAUAAAAAAAUCUUUGAAAUGACUGUUGAAUCUCCGCUGAAUAACUAAGCACCAGAUAACCAAGCCAUGGAUAACUGAGCACCAGAUAACGGAGGUUCGACUGUACUAUUUAUACUAACUGAGUAAAUUAUUAAACCAGAGAAGAUGUCCAAUAAAUCAUCCAACAUUCUCUCUUAUCACUGCAAUAUUGUCUUUAAUGGUUGCUAUUGUCCUUCCCAUUGUUGAAUUUUUGUUAACUAUCGGUGAUGUACGGGGAAAUCCUUGAUGAUUUCUCCAAUAUGCACCCUCAUAUUUUUCUUUAAAAUGCAUCCAAGUUAGUUUUUGCACUUGCAAUGACUCAUAGUAUUUAUUACUUUUAAGAUGUGACCGCAGAUGCUCUAAUUAGAAGUUUCAUGAAAAAAUAAGGUGAAAAGUUGUUGAAAAUGGUCACUACUUUGAUGGUGUAACUCUCAUCGAACAUGUUCAACCACAGUAUUGUUCAUUUCAGGAAUGUCAUCAGCAGAUUUUUUUACUUUUCUGCAAUAUCAUCCUGAAAAUUUUUAUAUCAUGCACUAACUCUUUUGAAAUACUUUUAUACAAACACAUUUAAUUUUUUUGUAUUCGAAUUGCUAGCUAAUUCUAGAUGUGUUUGAGUUUCUUCAGCACACAUAUGUUAUUUAUCUAUUUCCCUCUUUAUGUUUCAUGUGAUUCCCGAAUGUUCCUUCAUUAGUAAAAAUAUCAAACAAUCCUGUUAAUUUUUUUUAGUUAUAGUUUUUAAGUGUGUAAGGUUUUAUCAAUCAUACGCUGAAAAUGUUAUCCCUUCCCUGGGUCGUAAACUAAAUGAAGUAGGAUGUAGACAUAGUACAGGGCUAAAACUUUGUCCCCAAGCACUGUUUUAAGAAAAAACUUGUUUAUCUUUUUCAUACCCCCCUUAAAUAAAAAUUGAAUACUUCCAAAAACAGGACAAAACAGGGGUGAAUUUGUAAUGACGGUGAUUUAUUUUGUAAUAAGCAAACUCCAGUAUUCAAUGCACCAAGAAAACUUCUACUGUUCUCUGAGACGUUUUAUACACUCAAAUUAUUCUCUAGUGUUUAGAUUAGAAAUAUAUAUUAUAUUCACAAAUAUGUAAGCAAUUUUGAAAAAUGUUGAUCAAAAUGCAAUGGACCAUUAAACAAGGUGCAGUAUAAUAUGUCUUCUGGUGAAAAUUUCACUUGGAACUUGAUUUGUAUGACAAACAUUACUGCAAGUAACUUGUAAUAAAAUAUAUUCACGUUUUUCGAUGCAUAAAUUCAAACUUCUGGCUCAUAAAAAGCCUAUAAUCUACUUGACUUAAAUCGCACACUGAACGUUACUGAAACAAUCUCUGUGAUAUCAAUGUAUGCCCAAUCUCACUUUCUGUGCUUCGGUGUAGCUGCUAUACGUUGAUUACAUUUCAAAGAAGACAGGGUGGGGAAGGAAUCAUGCUUGUUGAGCAGCCUGCCAAAUCCGUUCUAUAGUGCAAUUUUAUUCAAGUAGACUAUUGUUUUUCAUGUGAGCGGGAAUUUAGACUUUGUCAUAACCAGUGCUUUGUAAGAACAUUAAUAUUUUGGUUGGAAGUUAAUCUCUGUAAUUUUCCUUGUGUAAAUCUUGUGAAUUUAAGAGGGAUCAUUGAUCAGCAUGCUUAAAUUCGUAUCUUUUCUAGUGGUCCAUUUGAACUGCCAAAUUUCAAGCUCAGAUGUUGAAAAACUCACUUAUGAUUUGGCAUUUUUUCCUCCAGCAUCUCUACUGAUCACGUUUUAGCUCUGUACAUUUUUCUAUCCUUAAUACGUCAGAAACCUAGAUCUUCUUGGCCCUGCAAAAUCAGCGCAUCUUUCCCAAUAGCCAUCUUGUCCCUAUUUUGUAUUAUAAUAAUACUCGUUAUUGAUAACUUUGUACUUAAUCAUGCAUCCAGGAGUAGUAUUAUUGCCUGGUCAAGUUUUUUGAUGCACUUUCUUUUGUGUCCUCUUCGAUUUCAGGUUGUCAGGAACUGAGUGAAAGUAUUCUUAUCCUCACUUCAGAAUUAAUGCAAAAACUGUUCAAAUGAAGGAGAAUUAGCUUCUAUUUUGGGGCUUUUUGCAUCAGAUUUCUCAUGUGUGCUACGUUUUCUUUUGUGUUAUGUUUCACAUGACCUUUUUUGAACUUGCAAACAUAAUUUGUCGAUCCGCAUGAAAAAGGUAUCGUUUUUUAUACCUUGUCAAAUAAUCUGAAAUGUUGGAAAGUGCUGUAAUCUGUAUCUCUUUGCCACUUUUUCUCUUGUAAAUUUGUACAUUUUUGUACAUUUUUUUGUACGUAAAUUUUGUAAAUUAUGUUUCUAUCUCAUUUUCAAGUCAAUCUUUAAAAUAUUUUCCGACUCAGAUUUUCUCUGUAGGAAAAUAUAAUUCUUGGUCACUACAAUCCUUUUAAGGCUUGGUUUCUUGCACAAUAUUUCCAAAAAUAUGUAGACACUUACAUUUUUUGGUACUUCAUUGAAUUCCAUUCUUUUUUUACUGCCAUCUUAAACUGCAUUUUACUAAAACAAAGUAAGAGGUGUUUACAUCAGGUAUAUAUACUUUUUUAAAACUGCCAAGUAAGCAUGCAUCACUACCAUCAAAAUCACCUUGUAACGCAAUUAUGUAUUAUUAUUAUUAUCACUCAUUUAUUUGUAGUCUAUGUUUUUAGAUGCCUCAACUGAUUCUGGCAAAUUUAUUACUUAAAAUCUACUUACACAAUACCUACUCUUGUGAAACUUAGAUGAUUUCAUUAGGAAGAACUAAAGUUGCCUUAAGAAAAAGGUAUAUUUCCCCACUUUUGACUUACCUUUACAGGCACUUUAUUAAUGCUGAAACUUACCUUAUCAAAGCUAUUAAUUUUCACUUUGUCUAAAUUAAAUAUCUUUGUACUUUUAUAUGAUGCAGAUACACUGUACUGAAUAAAUUGUAUUGUCCAAAUCAAA